UGAAUCAAGUAGCAUUCCCUUCUAGUUCCUUGGGCUCUGGGCAAUAAGGCGCCCACUGGGCGAGAACUCGGGAGGGCGGCGUGGGCUCGCGCAAAAGUAAAACGAAAAGGGGCGCUCCUUUGAAACGGCUCCGCGAUCUCUCCUGCCGCGCGAGUUCUUCUUGGUCCCGAGAGGAAACUGCGGGGUCUCUCCUCUCCACCGUCCUCUCUGAGCUCGGCCCUGUUCUAAAGCGAUGGAUUCUGGGGAGAUCGCUCGUCCUAAGGUCCCUGCCUUCGAUCGAACCGAGAUCAAUUGGGACAAGCUUGACAAAACUAAGUUGUAUGUCGUAGGAGCUGGCCUCUUUACUGGUGUUACUGUGGCCCUGUAUCCCAUCUCUGUCAUAAAGACCAGGAUGCAGGUUGCUUCAAAAGAUGCUGCACAGAAGAAUGCAUUUGCCGCCAUAAGAAAUAUUCUCAAGGUUGAUGGUAUUCCAGGCUUAUAUAGGGGGUUUGGCACAGUUAUUACUGGUGCUGUUCCUGCCAGGAUUGUUUUCCUCACUUCUUUGGAAACAACAAAAGUGGCUUCACUCAAGCUGGUUGAACCAUUUAAGCUCUCCGAACCAGUACAGGCUGCCAUAGCAAAUGGCAUUGCGGGCAUGGCAGCAUCUCUUUGCUCUCAGGCCGUGUUUGUUCCUAUUGAUGUGGUUAGCCAAAGGUUGAUGGUGCAAGGAUACUCUGGUUAUGCAAAGUACAAUGGUGGACUGGAUGUUGCUCGUAAGAUUCUAAAGUCUGAUGGAGUCAGGGGCUUGUACAGAGGAUUUGGCUUGUCUGUUAUGACAUAUUCCCCAUCUAGUGCUGUAUGGUGGGCAAGUUAUGGAUCCAGCCAACGUAUAAUCUGGAGGCUCUUAGGCCAUGGGAAUGAAACGGAAACUGUUCCUAGCCAGUGGAAAAUAAUGUGUGUUCAAGCUACAGGUGGAGUUGUUGCUGGUGCGGUGGCAUCUUGCAUCACAACCCCUUUAGACACAAUUAAGACUCGACUGCAGGUUAGUGAUAGUAAACAGAGACAAACUGCAAGACAAGUUGUCAAAAGAUUGAUUGUUGAAGAUGGAUGGAAAGGCUUCUACAGAGGAUUAGGUCCAAGGUUUUUCAGCAUGUCAGCAUGGGGUACCACCAUGAUAGUAGCAUAUGAAUAUCUGAGUAGGGAAACUUUUCUUUCUUUACAUAUAAUAUGUUGCUUUAUGUUAUCACUCGUGGGAUGGUUGGGCUUUGAAGAAAAACCCUCUCUUCCAAGAAGCGUCGUGGGGUUUUCUGCAAUGGAGUCGAGCCUGGAGCAGACCCUUCAGGCUGGGAAGCUCCUUCGCCAUGUCAAUGCAUUGAUAGUCGCUCAUCUUCGAGACAACAAUCUCAGUCAGGCGGCGACUGCAGUUGCUUCGGCGACCAUGACGCCGUUGAACACAGAAGCCCCUCCGAACAAGCUUCUUGAACUUGUUGCCAAGGGUCUUGCAGCGGAGAGAGAUGAGGCUUCAAGAGGAGUUUCUUCUGGUGGCCUUUUUGACUCUAUUGCAGGGGUACCUGCAGGGCAUGGCUCGGUACCUCUUCCUACUACUUCUGUGGAUUUCAGUUCAAUGCAGGAUGUGAAAGGUUCAUCCAAGAGUUUUCCAAAACACGAGACUAGGCAUGUUUCAGAACAUAAGAAUGUUGCCCGAUGUGCAAGAUUUAGUCCGGAUGGGCGCUUUGUUGCAACUGGGAGUUCAGACACGUCAAUUAAACUAUUCGAGGUUUCAAAGAUUAAACAAAUGAUGCUUGCAGAUGCCAGGGAUGGACCUGUGCGCCCUGUUAUUCGAACUUUCUAUGAUCAUUCACAGCCUAUCAAUGAUCUGGAUUUCCAUCCUCAAGGUACUAUACUGAUAUCUGGGGCAAAAGACCACUCUAUAAAGUUUUUUGAUUUUUCAAAAACAGCUGCGAAGAGAGCUUUUAGAGUUAUCCAGGAUACUCAUAAUGUCAGAUCUGUAUCAUUUCAUCCUUCUGGGGAUUAUCUUUUAGCAGGGACUGAUCAUUACAUUCCACAUUUAUAUGAUGUCAAUACUUUCCAGUGUUACUUGUCAUCACACGUGCAAGAAUUAAAUGCUAAUGCUGCCAUCAAUCAGGUGCAAUAUUCGUCAACUGGCAGUAUGUAUGUGACAGCCUCAAAAGAUGGUUCUGUUCGGGUAUGGGAUGGGGUAACUGCACAGUGUGUCCGGCCCAUUGUUGGGGCGCAUGGGUCAAUAGAGGCCACUAGUGCAAGUUUCACCAAGGACCAACGGUUCAUUCUUUCUUGCGGGAAGGACUCCACUGUGAAGUUGUGGGAAGUUGGCACUGGAAGACUGAUAAAGCAAUAUUUGGGUGCGGUUCAUACACAGUUGCGUUGCCAGGCUGUUUUCAAUCAAACCGAAGAAUUUAUUCUGUCAAUUGAUGAACCAAACAAUGAGGUGGUUAUUUGGGAUGUACUCACUGCUGAAAAGGUUGCAAAGUGGCCAUCUAAUCACAUAGGUGCGCCACGCUGGGUAGAGCACUCUCCCUUUGAGCCAGCCUUCAUUACAUGCGGGAAUGACAAGUCGGUCAGAUUCUGGAAGGAAAUCCUAUAGCAUGAAGUGUUUGAGAAGAACAGAGUUGUUCCAGAAAAUUAGUCCACAAACUUGCCAACUCUAGUGGCACGGGACAUGGUUCCUGGUUAGUUCAAACUACUGUUUACCUAGGAUUACUUCCCUUCUAGUUUUCUUGCUGAAACUUUCAGAAUUUCCUGUCUGGCCCUGUUUGUUGUUUGAGUAGCCAACAAUCUUAUCAUUUGUCAGAAUGAUGCUUUUGAUGUGUUCUAUUAACCAUAUUGUGUUGUACGCAUACUAUAUAUAAUGAAAGUGCAGAUAAAAUUUUUGUUUAGAAA